AAAAGUACUUAAAAUGUAGAAUAUAACAAUUUUAAAGUUAUUUAACAUCGCAUUUGUAUGUAUAUUUUUAUUUAUUUGAAAUUUUGGAUUCAAUUGUACUUGAUAAUGAUUUUUAUCAUUUAAUAUGUCGUCACUCCAUAGAGUAAUACUCUUGUGUCACACGAGUGUGACGUCAUUACUCAUGCGUAAUAGUUCUUUAUUAUCUAUGUUUAUUAUACAUUCUUAUCUAUGCUUAUAUCUAUAUUCACGGUAAAAAUAUGGUUACUAAGUUAAUUCAUAAAUUAUAACCUACAAAGUAAUUGAACAAUUUUCGUAAAGUGUACUAUAAACUAAUUUAUAUAAUAUACAUAUAAAAUAAUAGUUAACAAAUUAUAAUUUAAAGGUUCAAUUGUAAAAUGGAAAAAUUAGUAAAAGUCAAGAAAUCAACAGACGAGGAAUUAAUUCACAAUGCCUUUAAUGCCUUACGAACGGAACAAAGACAACUAGCUACAAAAUUGUCUGAAAUCGAACUUGAUCUCAAUGAACAUAAGUUUGUUGAUUUUUAUUAUAUUGUAUUAUACAUUUUCCCAAUAAAUACAUUUAUAAAUAUUUUUACAGUAUUGUUAUCGAAACUUUAAAUAAGUUGGAUGGUGACAGAAAAUGUUUUAGGUUAAUAGGUGGAGUAUUAGUCGAAAGGAACAUUAGUGAUGUACUACCAACACUCAUUAAAAAUAGAGGAGAAGUUAGUAUUUUUUACUAUAAUAUUAUAAGGUAGAUAAUUUUGUAUAUAAUUCUAAGUUAAAAGUAAUCAAUGCCCUUUGAACAGAAAAAAAUAGUAAUUAUAUACUCAGUAUUCUAAGCAUCUACUAUGAGUAGUAUAAAUAGUAUAAAAAUGGAACAAGCUUACUUUACUGGACACGCUUUAUUUUUGAAAAUUUGUUUCCCAUUAGAUUUCUUUUUAUGAUUGAAAUUUAUAAAGAAACUAUUGUUAAAGAAAAUGUCUAAAGUUUAUAUCUUCCACAUUUCUAACCCUUUCACGAAUUUCAAUUAUUUUUAUUCUUUUAUCAGUGAGUUUUUCAUUGCUGAAUUUUUCAAAUGGACAUACUUUUGAAGUUAUUUUUAAUUUUAAAUUCUAUGCUUACACAAUAGAUUAUUUUUUUGGUGUAAUUUUGCAUAAAGAUCUACAGUUUAUUUUCAAUUAAAGUUUGUAAUGGUUUGGUGAAAUAAAUUUAAGUCCAUAUGUCUUGUAGUAAAUACUCAAAAAUAUAUGUUGGACCAUUUUUUUACUUUCACUUUGAAAAAAAAUAAAUAAAAAAAAAAAUAGUUUAUAGUUUUAACAUUCCCAGUAACAUUUUCUGGGUUUCAAACAAUCAUUUGAUGUUAAUCUUAUAAAAAUUGGUUUUGUCAAUUUUGCUCUAGCAGGUAACAUAAAUACUUAUUACAUGAUAAACAUUUAACACAAUAUUUAAGUACACAGUAUAAAAAUAAUUAUAAUAUUUAUCAAUAUCAUUUUCUAGUACCUAAUAUUUAAUUUCUGUAUCUAUAAUUAAGGAGUUUUACAAUGUCAUUAGAAAAUGAAAUAACCAUAUUUUCCUAGUUUAUGAUAACAAUAAUUAACAAUAGUUUUAAAAUUUGAUAUAGUCUGGGGCGUAUUUACAUGUUGACCCCUUACAGGCUUAUGAAAAAUUGUUACUUAAAAUUGCUAUAAUUUAAAUUAUUUAAUAAGGACCCCAAAAAACCACUUCUAGUCUUAGAGAAUACACUAAAUAUUGAGAACAAACAUUUCUUUUUCCAUAAAUACAUCUGUUAUUGAACAUACUUUUAGUCUAUUAGUCUAAUUGAAAAAGGGUUGUGUUAAACGCCCCUAAACAUAAUAUUAUGAUAUGUUAUAAACAAUUUUAUUUCAGAUGGGAAAAAUAGUAAAAACAUUGAAUGACCAAUUAACUAAAAAAGGAAUAGAAAUAAAUGAAUUCAAGCACAAACACAACAUUCAAGUUAGAGGAGGAUUUAGCCCAAUGUCGGAGAUGGUUGAAAGUCAAAGUGGAGAAAAAAAAACUGAACAUGGUGGUUCAGUAAUUGUUAAUGAUGUUUGAUUUUUAUUUUACUUUAAAUCUUGAACAUUUUUUAUGUGCUUCUUAUAAACAUGUAAUUUUGCCUUUGGGUGCAAUUUAAUUAUUGUAUUGCAUUGUUUUAAACUUAAAAACUCAAAUUAGUUGUUAAGGGACAAAGUAAUUGAAAGGCUAAUAUCUAAUAUAGUAUAAACUUUUUUAUUAAUAAAUAUUAACAUUCUAA